AUGAGACUGCCGAAUCRAGACAAAGGCUGGGAGCAGGUCUCCGUGAAACAACUGAUCUUUGAAUCAUUCCUCUCCACAGUGCUCCUGUGCCGGGGGAAAGCUUUCAGUGAUUUCACCGGACCAGACUGUCAGUUUCUGUCAUUUAAAAAAGGAGAGACUAUAUAUGUCUACUAUAAACUCUCAGGCCAAAGGACAAAUAUAUGUGCAGGGCGUGUUGGUAACCGCUUUGGUUACUUCAAUAAGGACCAACUCGUAAUCAAUCACAUAUACACUGAACAAGAAUUGGAGAUUCCUGCUGAGGAAACCGACAUUGUUUGCUUUGACACUGGACACGAUAAGUUUGACAGUUAUGACAUUGAUUCACUGUUAGGUUCCUCUUUAUUGUUAACAGACAAGGAGGAAUCUGUGCAAGUAACCACAGAGACUUUUUACCUAAACAAAAGUGCUGAGAGCACCACGGUGGAAGUGGAUGAGCCUCCACCUGAAGUGACACUGUUAGAAAAUGAUGAGAUUGAUAGGGAUGUACCUGAGGACACAGAAAGUCUAUCUGAAUUUGGGUCAGAGCAACCCAAUAAUUAUACACAAACCGAUGUUGUAUCCAGUGAUGUGUUGGAUGUGUCCAACCACGACGAGGCUAUUGACAUAGAACCUGAGGUGCAUGAGACUGAAAAUGAUGCUGAAAGCCACACACCCUCACUUAAAGAUAAAGUUCUGGAUCCCCUUCCAAACAAAGAGGCGGAAUACAGUGACAAUGUGUUGAGGCUGACACUAUUGCGAGACCGCUGCAAGGAGGAGGAUAUGGAGCGCCUCCAAAAGAUUCUAGGUUUUCAGAACCUCUUCAGGUUGGAGUUCCUGUUUUUUGAUCUGGAGCUGAAGGCUGCCCGGCGGUCCCAGACAAACGUCAGUGAGGACAUUGAAACGGUGCUGGAAGCCAUUUUGGAAGCCUCUGAAACCCCAAUCCUGGAUGAGAAUGAGAGGAUGCUGGAUGCCCAUGAGAACGCUGACCUGCAGCAGGAGGCUGGUGAGUUUCUUGAGGAAGCUUCCAUCUUGGACGACAAAUACACUUCCUGA